UGUCAGUCAGACUUUGAACAGUGCACUGGCGCUCAUCACCGCUAAUCUCUGACCACUGCCUGUCAUCAACGACGCUGCUACUGACACUUAUCACCAACCAGCUGAGAUAUAUAGAUUAGGAUGAACAGUUGCUAAGAGAGGCAGGAAACCCAGGGGCAACACCGUAGGGACCGAGCGGAGAUUAAACGUAAGCUUCGCCGUUUAACGUUCACGUUACUCGGGAGUUGCGAUGGUCCAGUCAAGGGAUAUUUUUUUAGCCUUGCUUCUUGUGGGCUGUACAGUUUCACUGGAAGUGAUGAUCACACCAAGUCAUGGUGAGAUUAGUCUGGGAGAGUCCAAAUUCUUCAUGUGUGAAGUUGUAGGCGUUGCCAAGCACAUAGACUGGUUUGGGCCGAGCGGGGACAGGAUAGAACCGAACAGACCAGACAUAACAGUAACCCGUAAUGAUGAGUCAUCUUCCACGCUCACGCUGUAUAAAGCUGGCACUGAAAAUGCAGGGACAUACAAGUGUGUCGCUACCAAUGGAGACCAGCAAGCGGAGUCAACUGUCAAAGUGAAAAUCUUUCAAAAAAUCACCUUCACUAAUGCACCCUCACCCCAAGAGUUUACUGAAGGAGACAAUGCUAACAUUAUCUGUGAUGUCAUCAGUUCACCUCCUCCCACUGUACUAUGGAAAUAUAAAGGAGCCAAAAUACAGAUGGAAAAAGAUGUUCGGUUUAAGGUACUGAGCAACAAUCACCUUCAAAUCCGUGGCAUAAAGAAGACAGAUGAGGGCUCAUAUACCUGCGAGGGUCGCCUCAUGGCCCGCGGCGAGAUUGAUCUGCGGGUCAUCAAGGUCGUUGUGAACGUGCUCCCGACCAUUAGGGUAUGGCAGUCGGAGGUGAAUGCCACAGCAGAUGUCGGGCAGUCUGCCAUGUUGACUUGUGCUGUUGAUGGCUAUCCUGAACCCAUGGUGACUUGGACAAGGAACGAAGUGGUUCUCGAGGCAGGAGAGAAGUAUAGCUUUAAUGAAGACGGCUCAGAAAUGACAAUAAUGGAUGUUACCAAGCUGGAUGAAGGAGAGUACACCUGUAUUGCCAAGAACAAGGCUGGGGAAAGUGAGCAGGAGCUCAGUCUAAGAGUGUUUGUCAAACCUAAGAUCACAUACAUUGUAAACCAGAGCACGUCAGAGAUGGAGGAGCAGGUAACUCUAACUUGUGAGGCUUCAGGUGAUCCAACUCCCACCAUCAACUGGAGCUAUGGUGAACGCGUCUUCACUGAAGGAGAACAGGCACAUCUAAACAGGAUCUAUCAGGCAUCAUGGACUCGGCCCGAGCAGCACAAGAGUCUGGAUGGAAAUGUGGUGGUGAGGAGUGAUGCUCGUGUGUCCUCUCUCACUCUGAAGUAUGUAAAGUAUACAGAUGCUGGCCAGUAUCUCUGCACAGCACGCAGUGCCAUUGGAGAGGAUGAUCAGCAAACGUACCUGGAGGUUCGCUAUGCCCCUAAGAUACAAGGUGCAGUGGCAGUGUAUACCUGGGAGGGAAAUCCGGUGAAUAUCAGCUGUGAGGUGAUGGCUCAUCCCAAUGAUGUAUCUAUUGUUUGGCUGAGAGAUGGACUGCAGCUCCCCAACUCAAACACCACCAACAUCAAGAUCUUCAGAACUCCAUCAGCCAGCUACCUGCAGAUAACCCCCGAGUCUGAAAAUGACUUUGGGAGCUAUAACUGCACCGCCUCUAAUGAGAUGGGCACAGAGUCCAAGGAGUUCCUGCUCAUUCAGGCCGAGGUGCCAUCAGCACCAUCCAUCAGUGAGGUGAGGCCCUUCUCCACCACAGCACAGAUCCAGUUUGAGGAGCCUGAGUCCACUGGAGGUGUUCCUGUGCAAAAAUACAAAGUGGAGUGGAGGACGCAGCACAGGGGCAGCUGGGUGCACAGGGUAUUUGAGGUCGAAGAUGGCUCCAUCAGUGAGGUGACUAUCACAGGCCUGAAGCCAGAGACCAGCUACGAAGUGAAGUUGUCAGCCAUCAACGGCAAGGGUGAAGGUGAAAGCACUCCAGCUGAGUUCUUCAAGACAGAGCCUGUUCGGAAUCCCAAUCCUCCGAAGCUUGAAGGAAUACUUCAACCCAAAGGCAACUCCCUCAAAAUCAGCUGGAUCAAGCAAGACGACGGUGGCUCACCCAUCUUACAUUAUCUCAUCCGCUAUAAACCAAUACAAGCGUCAGAGUGGAAACCAGAAAUCCGACUGCCCAGCGGCAGCGAGUAUGUGGUUCUCAGUGGGUUGGAGUGGGAUACAGAGUACAAUGUCUAUGUGGUGGCAGAGAAUCAGAAGGGCAAGUCGCAGCCAGCAACCAUGUCCUUCAGGACGUCCACAGAGCCAGAUGCCAUCCCAGAUUUGGGUGAUGAGGCAGCGCUCUCCAUGGGCAUCAUGAUCUGGGCAGGGAUCCUUGUUGUGGUAUUUGUACUCCUGCUGCUGGCUGUGGAUGUCACCUGUUACUUUGUCAACAAAUGUGGCCUCAUCAUGUGCCUCUGUGGCAAAUCAGGCACAGGGACCAAAGGACACAACCUGGAGGAGGGCAAGGCAGCUUUCAUAAAAGAUGAGUCCAAAGAGCCGAUUGUGGAAGUCAGAACAGAGGACGAGUGCACAGCCAAUCAUAACGCAGCAGGACCUACAGAACCCAAUGAAACUACACCUCUCACAGAGCCAGAGCUGGCGGCUUUCACUGCUGCUCUGGCACUGGAAACCCUCUCCUCCGUAGCCACCAACUCUGACACAGCCACUGCAACAAUUGACCCCGCUCAGGACAGCCCCUCUAGCGAGACCACUACCCUCACUUGUAGCCUGUCUACCCCGGCCAACGACCCCUCACCCACCCCCAUCCUGGCCCCGGCCCCUACUCCAGAGUCGAACGCGACCCCACCGACUCCCCUCCUCUCUACGUCUGCCGUCGAGGCUAAAAUGGCCCCCUUAGUAGAACAAAGAGGAAACAACACCCCAGAAGAAAAAGAGAAAAAAAUCACUCCUCCUUGUACACCUGAACGGACUAAAGCUCAAAAAUCUGGGACACCGAUACCACCGAAGCGUCGACACUCUCCCAAACUUGCCGCUCUGAAUGCUAAAGGUAGCCCCUCUGUAUCUCCACUUGCUGCGUCUUCCUCAUCGUCCUCUCCUACUCUCGACACCAAGAAACCUGCUCCAAGCCCGCCGGUCGCCAAGCUUCCCAUGCAGCCACACGCUGUAGCCUUAGACACCAAAACACCAGCACAAACUGCCUCCAUUCGAGCAACCACUGCCCCUCCAAAACCAGACACUGAUUCAAAUACCACUGCCCCAGACUCCAGUGGUCGUAGCCUUACUGCCUUUGACACUAACAAACCUACUGACCAAACAAUUGAUAAUAACAUACCCACUGCCAAAGAUGCUGUUACUAGCUCUCCUUCAGUGAUCCACAGUGCUCUUAAAGUCCUGGAUGCUGAAGAACCUGCUCCUCUAGUUACAGACAUCUUCUCUGCUCUUCCUGUUACUGCCAUUUCUUCUGCUCCUGCCCCCCCCAGUCAAGAGGCACUGGUCUCGAAUGAUCUCCUCACAGCGGUGUCGGACACAUAUGACUUACUAACCCCCGACGUGGCACCCAGAAGUGCUAAUUUAGAGUUAGAGCUGACAAACGGGACCGAGAGACCCUCCCUGCCCUCGACAGACCUUAUUAGUUUAGACAGCCCGCCCUCUGCCCCCUCUCUGCCCAACGGAGACGGAGCAGACCUCCCCCCCUCAGGCCCAGUUCUGGAGGCAUCAGAGACUCUGGCCAAGACCGCUCCUCCUGUCAACGAUGAGAAGAUUUUUUCUGAUGAGAAAGUCAAACUGGAGGAGGCCGAAUUAUCAAACGCCCUGACGGAGAUCGCUGCAGAACACAACAGUAUCAUACAGACAAAAAGCACCGAGAGCAAAGCAUGAUGGGCCAGGGAAACCCCAGCCCAGUCCAAAACAUUUUGCAGCAGCAACAAGCAAGAAACACUGCAGGAGUUUUGAUUUCCAGUGCCCUUAACUACAUAUUCAAAACACACGUGUCGAUUGGUUAGAGCGCACUUUGACUGUGCUUUCAUUUCUGCUUUCAUUCAUGAAAUGUUUACUACACCCAAGGAGUUUAUCUUUAGGUCAUAAGAGAUUUGUUUUAUUUUUUUAUUCUUGUUUUAUUUAAACCAGUCAGGAUGAUUUAGAAAAUCUCUUAUUAUAAUGGUUGCUUGGUAAAUAUAUGAAAUUAGACUCUACUUUCUAUUGUGCUAACAGUUUAAAUUGCGACUGCACACAGGUAUUGGAUUACUAUGAGAAAUGUAAAAAAAAAAACUAGAAAUUAUUUUUGUUAUUUUCAUGUUCUACUGCUCAAAUGUAAAACUGUUUGCAUUUUUUUUUUGUUUGACUCUUAAUUUGUAGACUAGACUCAUUAAAUAGCUUGUUCUGCAUGUCUGACCUGCAAGUGGUUGUACAGUUUUGUUUACAAGGUUUAUUGUUUCACUCUGUCUGUUACAGGGAUGUUCCAUCUCUCACAGAUUUACUGGCAUUGAUUAAACAUAGGCCCGAGUUCAAUGUUUGGAUUAAAACCAUAUUUGCUAUGGUUUUAAAAAUACAGGAUUAACCCACAGCACGCUGCAGGGGGAAAGAGACUCAGAGAAUCCCACAACACAUCGACUGUGCUUCAUCAGAUCAGAUUUGGCCCAUUUUAUGAUCAGAUUUAUUCAGACUGUCACUGCUGUACAACAGUGGUAGUUAAAAAUAUUCAUUAAUAAAAUGUGUUUGAUUAAAAAAGGCAACUCAUUGAACACAAACAUUCACAGAAAGACAAAAAACGCAGAACUGCUGAUUCUCAGCCAAGGGUGGAAGAACCGUGAAUCAAGUGAUCAAAUGUCUUAUGAUCUUGAGCUAAAUAUACGGCACAUUUGUUUGGGGGGCAACAACUACGAUAGCUAUCACUUCUUCCUCACAUUAAAGCAGAUCAAUGGUCUGGCUUCGUGCUUUGAGUUGUGCUUUUGAAGCAAAAAAUAAAUAAAAACCCUCAAAAGCAUUUUUGUACUAUUUAAAAACUACAAAGAUUUCUUUUCCAUUCCUGCCUGCAAGCUUGUGCACUGUGCCUGUGUGUCAGUAGAUUGUCUUGUCAUCAGUUUCUAUGAUAAUCUGCAUAGCUUUGUCGUGAGAGAUUUAGCCUUUUCUUUUUAUUUAAUAUAUUGUAUUAUUAGAAUAAAAGUACGAUAAAUGGACUAAUGUGGUCAUUAUAACACGUGUAGUGUAUAAAACUGUCCGUCUCUGGUCACAGCACUAUAUAUUGCCAGCUAUAGUGAAGGGAGGUGUUUUGAGCCUUGGCAUGAAUUCAGUCGGUUCUUUAUAACGUAUAACUACAAGGCAGAUAGACGUGCCCAUGUUUGUUUGGGGCAAAUAGUUCUCAUAUUGAUUUAAUGAGUGUUAGCCUUUGGGGCUUGUUCUGGCAUAAAUACACAUUAUUUUCAUUUCUCUCCCCCAGGUGUUAUUCAAGUGUUCUGUAAUGUGGUCUUUGAAUUUCUUUAUUUUUUCUAUUUUUUUCUCAGUUUUUGUCUUUUUUGUAUAAAAAUCACUCACCAAGAGCGGCUGCUUGACAAGUUCAGGAAGCAGGGUGGUCCACCUGAAGCAGAGGAUCAAACUUUUUGUAAAAGCUUUAGAUAAUAGAUGUAAUGUCAAGAGAACCGAACAAAUACUAACAAAAAACAAGCUUUACCCACCUUGUACUCCACUGCUGUUACCAGACCACCUUGCUCCCUCGUCUCUGGACGCUCCUUUUGGUUUUAUUGGGUCAAACUCAGAAAAUAUCUGUUGUGUACAGUCUGAGUGCUAACCCAUUUACAAAAUAAAAAAUGGUUUCCGAAUCUAA